AUGAAGUUCCUUCCCAUCCUCCUCGCCGGACUGAGCGCGGCUGCGCCGUCUCGCCCCGGUCUCUUGCAGCGUCGCCAAGACGCUUCCACCCGUACUCUUAUCCUCGGCGCUCCAGGCCAAAUUAUCGCUGCUCAGUUCAACGGUGCCGAGUUCUCCGUCGUCGCCAAGGAUGAGCAGGAGGGCACCGGCCCCAGCUGGAUGCUCUUCCGGAACCCCGAGCUCUUCUACGCCGUCAACGAGAACUCUGACAAGCUCCGCCUCUUCAGCUUCAACGCCCAGGCCAACGAACUGAAGCAGGUCGUCGAGCUCGAGAGUUCUGCCGGCGUUGUUCAUCUCGAGUUUAACCAAGACCAAACCCGCAUGGUCGGCUCCGCUUAUGGCAAUGGCACCAUCGACGUCUGGGAUACUUCCGCCGAGGACGGAACCCCGACCCUGAUCAAGACCCUCAAGAGUGGCGGCGAGCUCGCCCCGGCCAGCUCGGAGCCCACCCCCAUCAAGCCGUCCUUGACCCCACGGGCCGUUUCUUCCUCGUCAACGACCUCGGCACCGAUAGCCUCAUCGUCAUCGACGCCCAAGACGACACAUACGAGAUCACCAAUAACUUCGUCGUCGAGAGAGGCCGCCACACACUACACCGUCGUCUGCGAACGCACAAAUCAGCUCCUCACCUACUCGCUCACGUAUUCCGACGAUAGCAUCGACUUCUCCAACGUCCGCCCCACUUCCACCUUUGGCGACGCUUUCCCCAAGAACGCCACCACCGCCGCCGCCGGCGAGGUCGUGCUCUCGGCCAACGGCAGGGAUCUCUACGUGUCCAACCGCCUUACCGGCAACGACACCGAUAGCAUCUCCCACUUCCGCGCCUCGGCCUCGGGCUGCCUCACCUUCAAGGGCCAGGUCUCUUCUGGCGGCGUCCUUCCCCGCAUGAUUUCUCUCAGCGCCGACUCCUCGCAGGGCACGCUCUUCGCCGCUAACCAAAAGGGCGACAACGGUCUCGUGGCCUUCCGAAGGGACUCGUCCGGGAUCCUCAUCUCCGUUCCUGUCGCAGCGGCCGAGCUUUCAGCUUUCGCAGAGGCUGGUAGCGAUUUGGGUCCUCAGUUCGUGCUCGAGGUUCCCGCGGCGGCCUCUUCGUGA